CUUAAAUCCCUGCCAGUAUGAAAUGUGCCAAGAGCUCCACUGCAACGCUGUCUUCCCAAGCAAUUUCCGACACCAGCGAAGCUGCGGCGAGCCUCGGGAGAGCUGGAAAGGAGAAGCGACAACAUCCACUUUUUUUCCUACAUGACUUGCAGACAGACCGCAACUUUUACUUUGGACUGAACCUCUUUUCUGUUCUGGAAGUGGUCCCGUUUUGUUUUCCCUUUCUCUCCCUCUCUCUCUCUCUCUUACACAGCUGUUUCGUCCGUAAUUCAGCUUGUACACAGAAGUUGGACCCUUGCGGACUGUUGCGCUUUCUCCACCCGUGGACCUUUGCGGAUCAGCGCUACUUGUCCUCCUCUCGACACUCACAAUGACGGAACCGUUCCCUCCACUCAACGGCGCACUGCCACACAAUACAGGAGUCAACGGCGCACCCAGGCGGAGAAGAAAAUCUAGUGCGCUGGGCUCUGAUGUACCCGGCGAUGUCGAUGUAGGAGCGUUGGCGACACAUCGGACGAGCACCCCGCCGCUGAACAGUCCAAGCACCAUGGAUCCGAGAUCAGACAAAUCUACCCGCCGCUCCAAACGACGCUCAACCCGCCGUCUCCUCUCCAAAGCAAAACGCCUCUGCAUCCGCCACACAUGGCUGCUCCCUCUCGUCCUCGGACUAACCAUCAUCUCGCUCUACGCCAUCUACCCCUACGAAUCGAACCCGCUGUCCGCCUGCCUCUUCCUCUCCUACCCGCUCGCACGCGACGACCCCCUCAUCCCCGAACACGUGCGCUCCGACCCCAAUGGCCCGCAGCAUUACGGCAAGGGCGGUCGCGACUUUGCUUUUGUCGGCUUCUACAUCAUCGUGCUGAGCUUUACACGCGAGUUCUGCAUGCAGCGCCUCAUCCGGCCCAUUGCGAUUAAACUCGGUAUACGGAACCGCGACAAGCAGUCUCGCUUCAUGGAGCAGGCUUACACCGCGCUGUACUUUGCUCUGUAUGGUCCGUUUGGUAUCUGGAUCAUGAGCCGCACGCCCGUGUGGUACUUUAAUCCUAUUGGCAUGUACGAAGGCUUUCCGCAUCGGACACACGAGGCGGUUGUCAAGGCGUACUAUCUGCUGCAGGCGAGUUAUUGGGCGCAGCAGGCUAUUGUGUUGCUCUUGAUGCUGGAGAAGCCGAGGAAAGACUUCAAGGAGCUGGUUGCGCAUCAUGUCAUUACCGUGUCUUUGAUUUGGUUGUCGUACAGGUUCCAUUUUACGUACAUGGGCAUUGCCGUGUAUAUCACGCAUGAUGUCAGCGACUUCUUCCUUGCUACGUCAAAGUGCCUAAAUUACAUCGACUCCCCCAUUGUCGGUCCUUACUUCUUCGUCUUCAUGUGCGUCUGGGGCUACACGCGUCACUACAUUAACCUCAAGAUCAUCUGGUCCAUUCUCACAACCUUCAAAACCGUUGGUCCCUUUGAACUCAACUGGGAAACGCAACAAUACAAGUGCUGGAUCAGCCAGUACAUCACCUUUGCCCUGCUUGCCUCGCUGCAGGCAGUCAACCUGUUCUGGUGGUUCUUCAUUUGCAGGAUCGCGUAUAGGUUUGUGGUAUACAAGGAUGCGGACGAUGAUCGCAGUGAGUAUGCGCCGACGGAUGAGGAAGUUGAGGAGAAGGACAAGUUGAUCAAGGAGGGGCCCGAGGCGGACGCCGAGUUUGAGGGGUUGGAGAAGGAGCUCGAGAAGGUGGAAGAUGCGCCCAGAACACCUGCGAACGGGUCGGGGCUGCAGGCGAGCGGUGCGGACAGCAUUGGGUCGAGGGUCAAGCAACGGAAGGGCGGGAAGCAAUGAAAGACAUGACGGAAAGUAAUAAUGAUGGAGACGAUGAUGGUAUAUGGGAUUGGUAAAGGGGUCUAGAAGUGGGACUAUGGAGCGCUGAACAGUUGAUCUGACUCACCGUGGCUCGGACGGCGGUUUCGAUUGGAAGCACUUUUACACAGAGGUAUUCUCCUUGUCGUGUGUUUAACGCGAGAGGAGAGCUGAUGAAAUACAUAAGAUAAUAAUACAACUUGUAAUAGUCACGAC